AUGGGUGUCCAAAAGACCACUCUCCAAGAGGGCACCGGCCCGAUCCCCAAGCCAGGCCAGCAAGUCACCAUCCAGUACACGGGCUACCUAAAGGAUACCACCAAGCCUGAUAACAAGGGCGAGAAAUUCGACUCGUCCGUUGGCCGUGGUCCGUUUGUUGUCCAGAUUGGCACCGGGCAGGUCAUUAAGGGUUGGGAUGAGGGUGUUACAACCAUGAAACAAGGCGAGAAGGCAACAUUGGAUAUCACAUCCGGGUUCCCGGGUCAUAUCCCACCCAAUGCCUCCCUCAUCUUCGACGUCGAGCUCCAGAAGGUCCAGUAA